UUUUAUUAUUUAAAUUCUCUAAAAUUAAAAAUUCAAUGAUAUUUGCUGCAGUCUCGCGUUUUAUUAUUCCGCAGAAUUAUAUCCAUUACUGUACAGUAAUUUCAGAAUACACCACACGCUUUAUACUUUAUAAAACAGACAGACUCAUAAAACUUUUCCUUUUCCCCACCUGUCUCAGAAUUCUCCACAAAUACCAAAAGUUCUCCGUGAUAUUUUUUCCCAAGUACCAAAAUCACCAAAAAGUACUAUGACAAUUCUCAAAUAACCUUCACAAAGCUUCUUAAACACUCGCGCGAUCUCAGCGCCACCGAUUCCAGUAGCCAACGGUUCUGACCUAACCUAAAAAAAUCCAUAAAUUCGCUUCCUGAUUACAAAAGACGCGCGUGAGAUAUAAUAGUGGGAGCAUUACGCGUGCACGACAUGCGAUACGAUCCAGAAACUGAUCAGAAGUAGGCGAAGAAUUACGGUGAUGUGCGUGUAACGCGGAAUCGCUCUGUUUCCAACGACUGCGGUUGUAUCGCGGAUCAAAGAGAUCGGAUGAAACGUUGACAGAAAAAUUCGAUGGAGAGUACUCCGAUCAGGGCGUGAACGAUCGCGUAUUCGGUGAAAGUGAUUGUAUCUACCUGUAUAAAACAGGGACCUGGACCGAAUGAUGGCACAUUCGAAGCUGUACUUACGAGACAAGCAACUAUGAGGACGUUCAUAUUCUGCCUUUUGGUGCCCGCCGCCAUUGCUAGCGAAGUUGAACCAGGAAAGCCAGAGAAGUCGAAGAGAGGCGUUCUCCUAGGAACAGGAGGACUUGGAGGAUCAUCAGGAAGCGUAGACCUGGGUUCUAGUACUACUUAUGGCGGAAUUUCUGGAGGAUACACUGGAGGAUUAUCAGGAGGACUGGCUGGAACCCUCUCGGGUGGACUUUCAGGAUUGCAAGGGUCUCUUAACGGUGGCCUGGUUGGACCUCUGUCAGGAAGCCUGACUGGAGGACUAUCUGCAGGGUUAAACGGGGCUGCAGCUGAAGGUGGGAUUCGCGCUAUCACCCAACAAGUACCAGUCGUGAUUCCUCAACCCUAUCCAAUGCCCAGGCCUAUAUCAGGUCCCUGGUACGUGAGACAAAAUCUGCCUCUCGUCAGGGAAACCUCGUUUCGCACGCCUCAACAAACCGCACUGACACUCCAUAGGUCCGCAGGCAUUUCUCAGGCUGUUAGAGUGCCAGCCUCGAUCCCGCAACCUAUCCCUAUCCCUCAACCCGUUCCUGUGUCCGUCUUGAUACCUGUGUCUUCAGGAUCUAUCGGAGGAUCUGGUCUGACUUCUGGAGUCACUAGUGGCCUCGGCUCUGGUUUGAGUUCAGGUAUCACCGGUGGUCUCAGUGGUAGCUUCAGCGGAGGGUUGAAUACCGGUUUGGGAUCCAGCUACGGGUCUGGUUUGACCCCCAGUUACGGAUCAGGCCUGGGAUCGAGCUACGGAUAUGGCCUAACCUCUAGUUACGGGUCUAGCUUAGGUUCCAGCCUUGGCUCCUCUGGUCUCAGUACUGGAUAUGGGUCAGGAUUGGGCUCUGGUCUAGGUGCUAGCCUUGGCUCUAUCAGCAUCUCUCCUGGACUUGGUUUAGGAUCUGGAUUGAGUUCUGGGCUUGGUUCUGGGCUUGGAGCCAGUCUUGGCUCUGGAGUUGGCACUCAGGGGUUGACUGCUAAUCUCGGAGCUGGAUACGGAGCUGGAUAUGGAUACGCUGCGUCUGGUGCUUUAGGAGGAGCUGUUCUGGGAGGUGGGGCACUAGGAGGAGCCAAUACGAUCAUUAUAAAGAAACACUGAACUGAUGGAUCGAGUAAAGGCAUAUUGUACAGUUGGCGGUAUCCAUGUAAAUCUCUUUUUUAGAGCUUGCGAUAAUCUUUAUAUUUUUGUACACUUUGAUAAAAUUAUAUUUUUGUACGAUACUUAAAGUGUGGCGUUGUUGAUCAACCUCUUCACUAAGGCGAUUAUUCUAACAUGCUCGUAUAAUUAUAAUUAUUAUGAAAAUGAAAAUUAUAUUAUUGU